CUUUGCCCCUUCCCGUGAAGUCUGCCUGCAGCACUAGCACGUCUCUGCUGAGCCUCUGCCCAUUUCUGGAAAAAUCCUGCAGGACCAGAGUGUCAGCUAGCAGCAUGGCUACAAAAUGUGGACAGUGUGGCCCUGGUUACCCAACCCCUCUGGAGGCCAUGAAAGGCCCCCGAGAGAAGAUUGUCUACCUGCCCUGCAUUUACAGGAACACAGGCACCGAGGCCCCAGAUUAUCUGGCUACUGUGGAUGUUGACCCCAAUUCUCCCCAGUAUAGCCAGGUCAUCCACAGGCUACCCAUGCCCUACCUGAAGGACGAGCUGCACCACUCUGGAUGGAACACUUGCAGCAGCUGCUUUGGGGACAGCACAAAGUCACGCAACAAGCUGAUGCUGCCCAGUCUUAUCUCCUCCCGGAUCUAUGUGGUGGAUGUGGGCACUGAGCCUCGUGCCCCAAAGCUGCAUAAGGUCAUUGAAGCCAGUGAAAUUCAUGCCAAGUGCAACCUGGGCAAUAUGCACACCAGCCACUGCCUGGCCAGUGGGGAGGUGAUGAUCAGCUCCUUGGGGGAUCCCCAGGGUAAUGCCAAAGGGGGGUUUGUACUGCUGGAUGGGGAGACUUUCGAGGUGAAAGGGACAUGGGAGAAGCCUGGGGGUGCCGCUCCAAUGGGCUAUGACUUCUGGUACCAGCCUCGACACAAUGUCAUGGUCAGCACGGAAUGGGCAGCUCCCAAUGUCUUCAAAGAUGGUUUCAACCCCAGUCAUGUGGAGGCUGGGCUGUAUGGGAGCCACAUACAUGUGUGGGACUGGCAGCGUCAUGAGAUUAUCCAGACCCUGAAAAUGAAGGACGGGCUCAUCCCCCUGGAGGUCCGCUUCCUGCAUGACCCAGCUGCCACCCAGGGCUUUGUAGGCUGCGCCCUCAGCUCCAACAUCCAGCGGUUCUACAAGAAUGAGGGAGGCACCUGGUCAGUGGAGAAGGUGAUCCAGGUGCCCUCCAAGAAAGUGAAUGGCUGGGUGCUUCCUGAAAUGCCAGGCUUGAUCACCGACAUCCUGCUCUCCCUGGAUGACCGCUUCCUCUACUUCAGCAACUGGCUGCAUGGAGACAUUCGGCAGUAUGACAUCUCUUGCCCACAGAAGCCCCGCCUCACUGGACAGAUCUUCCUUGGUGGCAGCAUUGUUAAAGGAGGGCCUGUGCAAGUGCUGGAGGAUCAAGAGUUGAACUGUCAGCCAGAGCCCCUAGUGGUCAAGGGAAAACGAGUUCCUGGAGGUCCUCAGAUGAUCCAGCUCAGCUUAGAUGGGAAGCGUCUUUACGUCAGCACGUCACUGUACAGUGCCUGGGACAAGCAGUUCUACCCUGAUCUCAUCAGGGAAGGCUCCGUUAUGCUGCAAAUUGAUGUAGACACAGUCAAUGGAGGGCUGAAGCUGAACCCCAACUUUCUGGUGGACUUUGGGAAGGAGCCCCUUGGGCCAGCACUGGCUCAUGAGAUUCGAUACCCAGGGGGUGACUGCAGUUCUGACAUCUGGAUUUGAAGACUAGCCCUAAAGCCCAUCCUCCACAUUCUGAGCCCUCACUCUAAGGAGCCUGGCUCCACUCUGUUCUUUCAGCCCCACCUCUCCAUGGACAUGCUGAGAUGACUGAGAUCUGUUGAGUAUCAUCUUACUACUGUUGCUUAUUGUUCACUGUGCUAUUCUUAAAUGAGCUUUUGGAAGCACCAACAAAUAAAAUGCUGACCCUA